AUGGCUGCUUCAACUAUGAACGACAACGCGUCGCACGCGCCUAUCGAAAUCUCGUUCCCCCUUCCAAAGUCGCCACACACGAACAUCCACCUUCAGCUCACCAACAAUGGCCAGAACCUACUGAUCUUCCUUACUACCGCAACUGCCGAAUCCGCGUCCUCUGCACCUCUAGGUUCUUUCGUAUACGCGAUGCCGAAUAGAGCCAAACCAGCCGAAACCCUCAGCACUCCCCUCUACACCCACGGUGGGACACUAGACUUCGCGACUCGGUUAUCCAAGGUCCUCGCACGCAAGACAGGGAAGCCGGUAUAUGUGGGCAACUCUUCGAGCUUCGCAAGUGCGGGCAUGGGAGGAACAGUGGAGGAAGAGAUGGAGGGCUUCCGGAGAGUGGUUGAGGUUGUGAUGGGGCUGCUGAAGAAGGACGAAGAGUAG